UUGGCCGUUGUUGGCUGUGAGUGGGGUGCUGUGGGGAGAGUGGGGCUCAGUGUGACCAGGCGGAGGCCAGCGUUGCAGGCAGGCGCACAGCGGAGAGAGUGCUGUGCCGCAAAGACGUAUCCAGGGUGGAUAAACCAUGCUCAGUGAGCGGGAGAAAGACUCUGCUCAGGACACAAGAUGAAGGUGGAGAGGAAGCCCUCCUCUAAAGGUGACAACUACAGGGACAUUCCUCCACUGCUGACACUCUUCGGCCUCUUCCUCCUCCUCCUCUUCAUGGGUGAGGCAUUUGGAGUGAACGUAACCAGCCAGACCCAGGUGGUGAGGGGCACGGUGGGCAGAGAGGCCCUCUUGUCAGUCAGUUACUCCAGCAGCAGUUCUGACAGGCCUGUCAUCAAGUGGCAGGUGAAGAAAGACAAAGUGAAGCCUGUCACAGUCGUCCAGUCGAUCGGCACAGAAAUCAUCGGAAACCUGAGGCCUGAGUAUCGCAACCGCAUCCUGGUGUUUGAGAAUGGCUCCCUGCUGCUUCACAACCUGCAGCUAUCAGAUGAAGGGGCGUACGAGGUUGAAAUUUCCAUCACAGACGACACGUUCACCGGAGAGCACUACAUUAAGCUGACAGUGGAUGUUCCUGUGUCAAAACCUUACAUCCAGAUGAUGGCCACCUCUGUCCUGGAGUACAGCGAGCGCUUCCACCUUCACUGCUCCCAUGAUAAUGGCACAAAGCCUAUCUACAGUUGGCUGAAAGGAGGGAGGGUACUGACCAAUGACUCACGUCUGCUGCUUUCACAUGACCAGAAGGUUCUGACUAUCUCACGCGUUCUGAUGUCCGAUGAUGACAUCUAUGCCUGCACAGUGGAGAACCCCAUCAGCAACAUGAAGAGCAUCCCUAUUCGGCUCACCGUCUACAGUUUAGGACGGAGCUCGUUAUACAUCAUUUUGUCCACCGGGGGCAUUUUCCUCCUAAUCACCCUGGUCACAGUGUGUGCUUGCUGGAAACCUUCCAAGAAGAAGCACCGACCUGUUCCCCAAAGAGCUCCUGUCUAUAUGGAGCAAAGUGAAAAUGGUCAUGAUGUUGAUGUGGUGCCCAAGCCAACCACGCUUGGCCGAAGGAGCCCCAUGCCUCUUUAUGUUCUCAACGAAGACGAGACUCUGGAGCAUCUGGAAGAAUCGUCUGGCAAUGCUGCCAUCCAAUCAGAAAUUAAUAUCCCUGCUACCUAUGUUCCAGUCCUUCCCCAUACCACCAACAGAACUGAGCGGCCGGUCUGGUCCACGCCCCGCAGGUUCCCCCGCAGCCCAUCUCCCCUGGCACAGCCUCUCCCUCAGCCUUUCCCUGCUCCACUCCUACGUCCUGUCUGCUCUCCGGCUCGCUCCCCGGCUCACUCCCCGGGAUCAUCCCCCCGCAGUUUCAGCCCAGUCAGGAGGGUCCGUCCUCCAGUGGGCAUCCCAGCCAGCCACCUGCCUGUGGAGGUAGAGUGCUCAGAUCCCAGUGAUCAGACUCUCACUUCCUCACAGCACUGACAGUCAUCUGGAUAAUAGUUUUCACCUGAGAUAUGUGACAUGCAUGUUUAGCUUGGAUUCCACGUUCUAGGUUAACAGAUGGGUUCAUUUGUUUUCCUCAUGUGCCAGUAUUUUUGAUGCACUUCUUUAUGGCUAUGCACAGCAGCUUUUAUGAGUCUCUCUUAAAUACUACCAGCACAUAGGAUAUCGUGUAAGAUUCUGGUAUACGCAGUACAACUUGUUUAAUUAUGGGGAGUUUUUUAUUUAAAAAGAAAUUACAAAACAUAGAAUCCCAGCCACAUGUAUUGGCACCCAUGCUAAAGAUGUGUAAAAAGCCGUAAAAUAAAUUUAUAUUUUAUUGCUGUAGCCAAAUCACACAUUGAACAAUUUUGUAACCCAAUGCUUGAUUUUGAGUGUAAUAUACAGUCAGGAAAAUAAGUCCCAUGUUACAAAAUAAUUGCUUCAGUCAAAUUCAGCUGAGGCACAUUUAUAAGGCACCCCUGCUGUUAGGACUUUACCCAACCUCAUUUAACCAAUAGGACACCACUUCUUUUCUUGUAUAGCAUUUGACAAAAAUCAGAGGCAUGCAUAAAGAGGGAUCUUCAACCAGUCCUCCUUGCACAUGCUCUCUACAAUGUCCAGAGUCCUAAGCUCUUUCUUAUUCUCCCAUCUCUCCAUCUCACCUGACAGAUUUUAAGUUGAACAGAUUUCUAUUUAAAAUGUUUUUCUAUAUUAAAGUCGUGAUGCCAUGCACUCUAACAACGUUCCCAGUGCUAUGGAAGAGGAACAGGCCCCACAGCAUCACAGAUCCUCCACCAUACUCAACAGUGGGUGUAGGAUGCUUUUCUACAAUUUCAUUCUUCAGGAUCCUUCAGGUAAAAAGGUAAGAAAUGCUUCAGUUAGAUAUGUUUUAAAAAGAUGAUCAGGUUAGCACUGGUGAUUUUGUUAAUUAGGUAUUUUACUGAAUAAAGAUACUCAUAUUAAAGGUUAGAUUUUCAAAAAACAUCUGAGAAAUUUUGCUUCUGCGAUAAAUGCUGGGGUGCAAAUAAAUGUGCCACCCCUUAUGUGGCAUUGACACAAAGUACACAUAAGUUAUUAGCUUUCUGUCUUUGAAUUAUUUGUUCCUUUUAUUGUUUAUUUUUCUUUCAAUAUAUAAAGCACACAUUGUAUUUGUCUCCACAUUAGGUCACUUUAUAACAUAAAGAUAAAAAGAAUCUUGCUACAUGUUGUAUAUUGUUAUGUAUGUUGUGACAAUAAAUUCUCCAACUCCUGCAAA